AUGCUGUCAGCCCUUCCUUCACCAUCAAGCAUAUCAUCUCUCUCCCAGGAACAGCAGUUCCAAGUCCUCGAUACCCUCUUUGAACCAUCACCGGAACUCCACGCCAUCACAGGCCCUGUCCUGACAUCGCAAUCAUUUGCCUCAUAUGCUAGUCUGUCUGAUGCCGUGGGAAGUCAAUUGUCAGCGCUGUCUUUGUCACAGUCGCCUACCGACCGGCAAACACUCAUGAAGAUCCUGGGAUCGCAUCCUCGUCUGGGCAGACCACCGACCAAAGUUACAGAGCAUUUAAGCGAGUUGAGUAGGAAGGAACAGGCGAAUCUGAACAAAUCAGCCGCGGAGGACCAGAUGGAACGUUUGAGUCUGUUAAAUCAUGAGUACGAGGAGAAAUUUCCCGGGCUGAGGUUUGUGACAUUCGUCAACGGUCGAAAUCGAGAUGUGAUCAUGGAAGAAAUGCGCCAGAGGAUUGACCGUGGCGAUCAGGGCCGAGAGAUUGAGGAGAAUAUCCAGGCCAUGUGUGAUAUUGCCAAAGACCGCGCGAAGAAACUACAGCAACCAGCGAAUAUAUAA